GAAAUCACAAGAGAAGCCAUAAUCUUUGUUUGGAUGGACCGAAAUCGAGGCCCACACACAUUCGUGGGCCGAGUACUCGAGCUAAAAUCUCGACCUUACACGUGGAUAGGCCUAGAUUUCGGCCCACCCAAACAGGCCAAUCGUAGGCCGCUCGCCUCCUCCACCUCGCCGUUUUUCCUCCAGCCGCCGGUCGCAGCCUCCAACCUUCUAGAACCUUCCCCACCGGCGAGAUGUUCCUCUCGAAGCUUCCGAACCCUCCCCGCCCGUGGCGUCCUUCCCUUCUAGAAGCCCCUCCCCUCCGCACCCUCCCCCGCCUCCUCCCAGCGGCGGCGCCCUCGCCGACGAGACGGCGGCGCCUCCUCGCGCCUUUGGCCGCCGCCUCCAAUUCAGGUUCUCCGUCGAAGGAUUCCAACCGGUCGCCGCCGCCGCCGUCGAAGAAGAAGAAGAAGAAGAAGAAGGCGGCCGAUGAGAGUGGGAGGUGGAAGUCGGUGCCGCCCGGGAUGCGGGAAUCCGCCGCCCCCGUCCCCGACGAACCGCCCGCCUCGCCUUGCACCACGGCGCGGCGGCGGGCGCGGGCGGCGUGGCGGAAGGUGGCCUCGUUGGUGCCCCGGAAGGCGAGGAGCGUCGUCUUGCUCAAUCUGGUCACCAUCGUCUUCGCAAGCAACAUUUCUGUUGUUAAAGAGGCGGAGACUAUGUUAGAUCCUGAUCUUUUCAAUGUAUUGCGCUUCACUAUCUCAGCCAUUCCUUUUGUACCGCUCUUGUUGAAGGCACUCAAUGAUGUUCAAGUCUUUAUUAGAGGAGUAGAGCUGGGCAUUUGGGUAGCCAUUGGUUACCUUGCUCAGGCUAUUGGUUUAGUCACAGCUGAUGCUGGUCGCACGGCUUUCAUUUCGUCCCUCACGGUGAUCAUUGUCCCUUUCUUGGAUGGGAUCCUUGGAGCAGAAAUACCUGCCUAUACAUGGAUUGGAGCACUUUUAUCCCUUAUUGGGGUUGGUAUUCUGGAGUUAAGUGGUUCACCGCCAUGUGUCGGUGAUCUUCUGAACCUCCUUAGUGCCUUUGGUUUUGCAAUUCAUAUGCUCAGGACUGAGCAUAUUUCCCGAAAUAUGAAGAAAGAGAAUUUUCCAGCUCUUGUUGGAUGCCAGGUGCUUGUUGUAGCAUUUGUAUCUGCAGUCUCAUUCUUUAUUAAAUGCUCCGCCAAGAAUGUGCACCAGUGGACUUCACAAUUACAGUCACCGAUGAAGUUAUUUGGUGUGAUGAUACAGUUUCCCUGGUUGUCAAUACUAUACACAGGCAUAUUCUCAACUACCUUUUGUUUAUGGGCAGAGGUGGCUGCUAUGCGUGAUGUAUCAGCUACGGAAACUGCAAUAAUUUAUGGUCUGGAACCUGUAUGGGGUGCAGCUUUUGCAUGGGCUAUGCUUGGUGAGAGAUGGGGCAUGACAGGAUUUGUUGGAGCUAUCUUCAUCAUAGCUGGUAGCUUUAUGGUUCAGAUACUGGGAUCAUUUCCUGAUGUAUCUAGAGGGGACAGUUGACAUGAAAAUUGAAGAAGCAGAUGAACCAUUUUUUCAUAAAUAAUUCAGCGAACUCUUAUUAGUGAUGAUUGAAGUGUUGCUACCUAAUAAGAAAGUAAAUAGCUAGCAUGACAGAGGAAUCAAAGUUCGCUGCCUCAACGAAAAGUAAAUAGCUAGCAUGACAGAGGAAUCAAAGUUCGCUGCCUCAACGAAGAUAAAGGUGGCUUAGUAGUGACAGCAGCAAGAAGGUGCCUUGGAUUAACUACCUGUUGGCUGGAGAUAAGCAAAAUUUUGGUAUGCAUAGCUUGACUUGAACAUGCCGAGGCUUCAUUCGACUAAUCGGGUGGGAUAAGAUAUAAUGUAUUACCCCUGUUCUCAAAAGAAUUAAUUCACUUUUAUACACGAAUCUGGACAAGUGCCUGUCAGAUUCGUGUUGAAAAGUGAACUCUCUUGUGACGGAUGUAGUAGGGUGUUUUUUUUUUUAUAUCGACAACAUUUGUUUUGAGUGUAAAUUCAACCACAUGAUAAUGAAUGGGCAGUAGCAGUAUCGAGUGUCUUUCCUUCAGGCCCUGUCGUCUUUCAUCGUCAUCGAGCUUGUCUCGCAGCAGAGGAUCAGAAAACAUGUCACCGUUCAUCGUCAAGCUUGUCUCGCAGCAAUCUGCCAGAAACAUGUCUAUCUUUCAUGGACAUCAGAGACACCUCCAGAGCCUGCACAAGUGUACGACUCUGUCCUCCAGCAAUGGUGCCCACUGCCCUCCAAGGCUUCUCAGCAACGUAUCCCUGCAAACAUUAUCCAUUGCUACAACGACAGCAUCUACCAUCACCUGUGUGCCAUAGUAAACCUCUCCUCUCACAAACUUCUCAAUUUUUUUUUCAGAUAUGGACAAUCUGAUUUAUUUUCAUCGCCUCA